AUGUGGCGUCUGACAGCGGCCUGCCCUAGGCGAGGGCUUGUCCUUGCUGCUGAGAUGCAGAAAUACGGCAUGCUGGAGCUGAUGCUGAAGCGCCUCGGGAAGAGCCUCCGUGGUCUUACCACGCAAGAUGCUGGCACCGCUGCCUUGAAGGACUAUCACUGGUACCACCAAACGAAGAGCAGGAAAAUGAAUAAACAAGUGGCUUCUGACCCUGAGACACCUCUGCGGGCGUUCAGGUGGCAGGUGCAUGCCCGGCUUCCCUGGGGGAUGAACAGAAAGGAGCACUCCGGCAGCCUUACCGCAGAGUGGAGCGAGCAGAGCCCUGUCCAGAGUUCAGCAUACCUGGGUGCUCCUAGCGCCGGUGACAGCCACGAGGACCCCGUGGAGACCCUGUCCCAGGCAAGGACUCAAGCGCUGCGGGUGCCGUUCAGGCGUUCGCUCUCAGAACCCGUGCCGCAGUCGGGGAGCAGGAGCGCCAAGACGCUCCUGGCGCUCGGGCACGCGGGGCCCUGCGAGCAGCAGGGCCACUUCCUCCGAGGAUUCUUCUCGACUCUCUCCAGUGGGUUUUCAAGGAUAAGGAGUCGAAAAGGGGAGCCUGAUGGUGAGCUUGAAAAUGACUGGAAGAUGGAUGAUGACAUUGAUCUGAGCACAGAUGUGAAGGGGCCUCCCACGCACCGCCUGUCCUGUGGCCAGUCGCCCUACGCGGAGACGACGACAUGGGAGAGGAAGUACUGCGUGAUCACCGAGAGCCAGUUUGUGCUGCUCAACGGGGAGAGGGAGGUGCCCAUGGACAUGCCCGAGGCGCAGGCCGAGGCUGCCCAGGGGCGCUGCCUGCGCCGCCCCGUGCGGUUCCCCGCGGCCGUCGCGUUUCUUUACGGGCCUUGGAUUUGCAGGCACCGCCGUCCCAGUGCUCACAGCGAGUGGCGGCUGCGCGGCCCGGCCCGGCCUCGCAGCACGGGGGCUGUGGGACAGCGGCCUUGGCCAGAGGUCCCGGCAGAGAGGUCUCCUCGCAGACGGAGCAUCUCGGGGACCAGCACGUCGGAGAAGACCAACUCCAUGGAUGCGGCGAACACGUCUCCUUUCAAAGUGCCGAGGACAAAGAGCCAGUCAAAACUGGACAGGAACACGAGUUUCCGUCUCCCUUCUCUGCGCAAUGCCGAUGACAGGUCACAUGGAUUGCCAAAGCUGAAAGAGUCCCGUUCCCAUGCGUCUUUACUGAGCCCGGGCAGCGCGGUGGAGACCUUGGAUCUUGGGGCAGAAGAAAAAGUCUUUGUCAAACCACUUCACAGCAGCAUCCUUGGACAAGACUUCUGCUUUGAGGUAACCUGCUCCACUGGCAGUAAAUGUUUCAGCUGUUCCUCAGCAGCAGAGAGAGACAAGUGGAUGGAAAACCUACGCAGAGCAGUGCAGCCAAAUAAGGACAACUGCCGUCGAGCUGAGAAUGUGCUUCGUCUUUGGAUCAUGGAGGCAAAGGACCUGACCCCUAAGAAAAAGUACUUCUGUGAGCUGUGCCUUGAUGACACUCUCUUCGCCCGCACCACCAGCAAAACAAAAGCUGACAACAUUUUCUGGGGAGAGCACUUUGAGUUCUACAGCCUCCCGCCUCUUCAAAGUAUCGCAGUUCACAUCUACAAGGAUGCAGAGAAGAAGAAGAAGAAGGACAAGAACAACUAUGUGGGCUUGGUCAACAUUCCCGUGGCCAGGAAAGCAGGGGGACCUUCCAUUCGGAUCAAGUCCCGUUACCAGACCAUAACCAUUUUGCCCAUGGAGCAAUACAAAGAAUUUGCAGAGUUUAUUACCAGCAACUACACUACACUGUGCUCCGUGCUUGAACCGGUGAUCAGCGUCAGGAAUAAGGAGGAGAUGGCUUGUGCUUUGGUGCACAUCCUUCAGAGCACGGGGAGAGCAAAGGACUUCUUAACGGAUUUGGUGAUGUCUGAGAUAGAUCGUUGUGGGGAGCAUGAUGUCUUGAUCUUCAGGGAGAACACACUUGCUACCAAAGCUAUUGAGGAAUACCUAAAAUUGGUAGGGCAAAAGUAUCUUCACGAUGCACUAG